GCGAACCGAGUCCAUUCGUCCUCAACAGGCCCAGCCCAAACCACAAUUCGCUCCGUCGCUCCUCUCUCCGACUCUCUCGCUCGCCAUGGCGGCUGCGACGGCGGCAGGAGCAGCCGCCGCGGCCGCCGCUGUAUCCUUGAUCGCCUGCUACCUCCUCCUUUGCAAGAGCAGCCCCAAGCUCUUGUGGAUGCGUCCGUCUUGGCCGUUCCGCGCGAGCGGCCGGCGGGCUCGACGGAGGGGUCUCGUGGAGGCCAUCGGCAACACGCCCCUCAUCCGCAUCAACAGCCUCUCCGACGCCACGGGGUGCGAGAUUCUGGGAAAGGCCGAGUUCCUGAACCCGGGAGGGAGCGUGAAGGACCGCGUGGCGGUUAAGAUCAUCGAGGAGGCUCUAGAAUCUGGAGAUCUGGUGUGCGGUGGUACGGUAACAGAGGGGAGUGCUGGAAGCACAGCCAUUAGCUUGGCUACUGUUGCUCCUGCAUAUGGCUGUAGAUCUCAUGUUGUUAUUCCUGAUGAUGCUGCCAUUGAGAAGUCUCAAAUAAUACAGGCGCUAGGAGCUACUGUUGAACAAGUGUGCCCUGUUUCGAUCACUCACAGCGAUCAUUUUGUCAAUAUUGCCAGAAGAAGAGCUUUAGAAGCAAACAAAUUAGCAGCAGCACAGAGAGAAUCAAACGAGACACAACCCAAUGGUUUAACACAUGCCAAUUCUGAAAUGACGGAUGAGAAGUUAGCAGCUAUGCAGAGAGAGUCAAAUAAGACCCAGUCUAAUGGUCGAGCACAUGUAAAUACUGAAAUGCCACUCAGUGGGAAAUGUGAUCCAAAUUCUGAUUCAAAGGGAGGUUUCUUUGCUGACCAGUUUGAGAAUAUGGCAAACUAUCGAGCACAUUAUGAAUGGACUGGUCCUGAGAUAUGGGAACAGACUAAAGGGGCCCUGCAUGCCUUCGUUGCUGCUGCUGGUACUGGUGGUACAAUUGCUGGAGUCUCACGGUAUCUUAAGGAAAAGAACAGAAAUGUCAGAUGCUUUUUAAUGGACCCACCUGGAUCUGGUCUGUUCAAUAAGGUUACUAGAGGGGUGAUGUACACAAAAGAGGAGGCUGAGGGAAAAAGGCUGAAGAACCCUUUCGAUACUAUUACUGAAGGAAUCGGAAUCAACAGGUUGACUAGAAAUUUCAUGAUGGCGAAACUGGAUGGAGCUUAUCAAGGAACAGAUAGGGAAGCUGUUGAGAUGUCAAGGUUCUUGCUGAGAAAUGAUGGACUAUUCGUUGGGAGUUCUUCCGCCAUGAAUUGUGUUGGGGCUGUAAGAGUUGCUCGAGAUUUGGGUCCAGGGCAUACAAUUGUGACAAUUCUCUGCGACAGUGGGAUGAGGCAUCUGAGCAAGUUCUUCAAUGACCAGUAUUUGGCUGAUCAUGGACUGACACCAACAGCUACUGGCUUGGAAUUUCUCGACAAAUGAGCAAAUUUCACAGGGGAUGUUCAAUUUCAGUGAUUUUGUCAUGCUCCCUGUGAUGUCUGCCCUUGAUAGCAGCAGGUGGCACUGAAUAGCUGACAGCAUGAAAAUAUGCGUACAGUAAGAGAACUGCUGGCUUCCAGAUAGUUGGCCCAAAAUACCGUGAAUUUUUAUGUUACCCUGCUUGAAGGCAUCCCUGAACGAUGAAGCAUUGAUGUAUAUGAAGUACUAGUAGUUAAAGUAGGCAUUGCCAUUUGAUGGGGUUAGGAUAGCCAAUCUUUUGAUUCUUGUUAUUUUGAUAUAUCUAUUGAGGCAUUGCAUUGCAGCAUCAAUACUUAAAUCAGUUAAAUAAUGUUUCAUUGCAGCAUCCAUACUGCAAACAAUUACGAUAUAUACAUCUUUUCCUUCUCAAAAUGGUUUCAAGGAACUAUUCCCCCAUUCGGAA